UCAAGUUAAUUUCCAACGACUCCAGUUUAAGAACUGACAAAUGUACUUGAAUGCUUAUUUAGCACGUAGCGCGCGACGAAGUGAGCUUAAAGACUUCAGACAAUGAAAAUAUUCUGCGCUUCAAGCUUGAAAUCCGAGUAGUCUUCCGGCCAGCAAAACGAUUAAUCGUCAACGUCUUUAAGUAAGAUCGUGGUAUUUGAGUUUAGGUGUCUGUCGAAAAAACGUCCGACAAAAUGGUCGACAAAAUAGGUGCUAUAAAAAUUUUAGCAACAAAGUGUAUCUCUUCUUCUUUCAAGAAAUGAAAACUUAUAUUAAAUUGUACGAGCAUUCAGAAGCCAAUCAGUGUAAGUAAUUCUCCAUUAAAAAUGACUUGUGUCACACGUAUAUAUGUUUCUUGUCAAAAUUUUCAGUUUAAUUAUAAUAUUGUUUAAAUUUUGAUAAUGAAAUGGUAUUUAUAGGGCACAAAUUGUUUUCAAUGAGAGAUGUGACUUGCUCUGGUUGAUUUCUGAGCCAUCGGUAUAAGCCGAGAAGAUUUUUAACUGCAGGAAACUUGGAACUACAAAAAUCGAAAAAUGUUUAUGCAUCUUUCAAUGAUUAUUUCACGAUUUGAUUUUCUUUGAACAGAAUGGUCACGUGUGUACAUUCAAUAGUACAUUAAUUAAUCUAUCUACAGUGGCGCCUCGAAAUUUGAACAUAAUCCGUUCCAGAAACGAUUCGAUUUUUGAGUUCAAUUUCCCCACAAGGAAUAAUAAAAAUUGAAUUAAUUUAUUGUAGAAUCCCAAAAUUUAUCCAACAUAAAGAAAAUGUUAAGUGCCUAUAUAAACUAUUCUAAAUAUUUGAAGAACAUACUAGCAAUGCCAAAGCAACAAACAAGUGAUUUAAAUUAUUGAGAAACAACUUCUUGCUUGGUACUCAACUCAUGUUCAACUUUGAAGUUUUUGACCGAGUUUCGAUUCUGCGAUCGAGGAUCCACUGUACUUUCGAUAUAAAAAAUUCCGUAACAUAACAUUAGCCUUAGGAGAAUAAAAUUGCAGAUCCUUUCAGGCCUUUUUGCGAUCUUUGUUCCAAGUUACGAAUUAUAUUUGACAAAUAUUCCGGCUGCACCUAUGACCAGUGACGUUUUUGCUAGAAUCGUAAAUGUCUACAGGGGGAAAGGACGCAAAGUGUUGUAGUCUAAUUAUAAGUUACUUCACCGCGGAAGAGAAACUGUGAUAAUAUCUGGGCUUUUCUGCGUGAAGUAAGAUAGUACGUGGAGAGUAUAAAAUGCCAUAGUAUAAAAUAAAUCGGUUCCGUAGCAUUUGAUUUUGUUACGAGAUAGAUCGUUAAGGAUGAUGUAUUGUGAAACUGAAGAAGGGGAAAGGAGCUAAGGUACCGCUGAAGUCUUAGAAGAAGUUGAAUGGAAUAGCUCUCGAAGCAAAGAACCAAACGGCAUUGUAUACUUUCGUUUAUUACGAAUGUUCAUCAUUAUAGUUGUUUUCCUCUGAAAAACGUGGCGACGAUAAUUUUGCAACAACAUUAUGUAUGUAUAAACGUGUUACGCAUCAUGUGUUUAUCAAGUAUAAUUUUCUAUCCAUUUGUGUUCGUUAUUAUCUAUAAAGCGAUAAAUCCUUUCUGUCGAUUGAAUAACUAAGAAACAAAAAAAUAUAUAUUAAAAGUGAUAAAUCAUUUUUUUGAACAAUUUACGAUAAGUACUUAAUGAACACAUCGUGUAAUUUACGUACUUUUUUUUUUAUUACACAACGCUGCAAAAAUUGCAUGUAUGUUUACAGACAAUUACUUUCAAUUUAGAUUAAUGGACAUUUCUUGUUGUAUGAAUUUUAUGUAAUAAGAUCUCUGGUAUCUCAUCGCCGUGAAAUCGUUUCAAUAAAUAGAGGUCCAUUGUUCCUAUGUUUAUUACCAUAUUCGUGUCCAAAAUUUGUUUAUAAUAGCAUUUUAGGUAUAGUUAGUCUCAGUAUCUUCAGUUCUCUUAUUUACCUCAUUAAAAUAGUAGUAGCAUUGAUAUUUUCUUCCUUAUGUUAACUUCUUUAUUCUCAAAUCUUCACAACAAAAGAUUCAUCCUUUGUGAUGUAUCUUUUUAUUAAUUGUUUGCUUUUACGUUCAUUGCAAUAAAUCUCUGAUAAAGUUGCUUUGCCUAUAAGAUUCUCGUAUGCUUUUUUAAUACUUGAAACAUUUAGGAUUGAGUUAAUUUUAUUUAUCUAUAUGAUAUAACGAUAUCAGUUUUAUAAUUGUGUUAGCGAAAUUUCAUUCUGGGUGUUCACAGUUUCAACUAUUAUUUUAUUAAAAUGAAACUUCAUGUAUUUUUAACGGCUACGUACAUUUCAAUCGCUGCUUAAUGAAACAAGAAACUAUUUAAAUUUAUACAAAUUAUUGAUUGUGUAUUUUAUAUUUAUAUUCCAAUCAUAUACAACAAUUAUUUCGCAUUAUUAAUUGCUGCUUGUCUUUUUCACGUCUACAGCUAGUAUUUUUAUAUUAAUUACAUUAAGAAUCUUAAUUUAACGUGCAAUAUACAUAUAUAGUUUGUGUAUUAUAACGACAAAAUAUAACUUGUAUUUUUAUAUUUUUCAAAUCAAAUUUCUUUGGUAAAUGAUAAUUAUAAUCAUUUAUCAUGUUCAACAGAUUACAAUUACAUUAGGAAAACACAAUAAUUUAAAUUUACAAAGUAAAAUACUAGAUCUUUCUAUGAAUCGGUGAAAUCAUUGCGAAAUCAUUUAUCUCGUCGAAUACUCAAAAUUCGACAACGAUCGUUUUUGAUUUUAUUAUUAAUCACGAUAAAUUUGAUCAGUCUUCAAAAAAUUGACAAAUACGAAAUUUCGAACGAUACAUUUUUCUUUCUCGGGUUUCUCGUCCGAUUAUAAGUACCUUUCAGUUAGUAAUUUUUUCAACACUAAAUAACGAGAAUAAAACAAGUGUUGUAUUUUAUUCCAUUCUACAAAAACCCGAGGAACUCUAAACUUUAUUUACUUGCGUGCAUUCGUCUCUCUUACUUAUCCGUGAUCAUUCUAUCUUUCUCGGUCGCGUCCUUAUCACCCUCUUCGAUUUUUAUAAUUGGCUUCGCCGUUAAUUCCUCCAGUUUUUGUCCAUUGUCUUUGCUUGACUUACUAUACUUGUUCCACGGUUGUUCCUUCGAUGUUCCGAACACUAAGUAAACAACGGUUCCAACGAAAGUGUUAAUAGCAGCAAUGAUGAAAACUAAUCGCCAUUGCGAUACGGUUUGCUGAGGGAAAAUAACAAUGGUAAUUAAUGAUGAAUUAUAAUUACAUACGAAAUAAUAAUUAAAGGAUUAACGAUAAAACGAGGUUGUUUCAAAAUUUUACUAUUAAAUAGCCAAGAAAAGUUUCCAUAUAUAUAAUAUUUUGCAGUACGAAAUUUUAAACUUAAUGCUCAAAAUCAUCCUUGACAAUUGUUUCCACUGUUCUCAUUCUAAUACUUACAUUGUUGUGCGUUAAAAUACCAACGAUCGCUGGUGAAAUGAAUCCACAGGCUAUUACCACCAUUCCGCAAAAACCAAGGAGAAUACUAGCAUAAUUUGGACUCAAAUCUACGAAAGUCGCUAAGGGGCCAGCGGAAACCGCGCCAUUCACAGUUGUCCCUGCUAUCAUGAAGAUCACCACAAGCGUUGAAUGACAUCCGCUAUAGCCCAAAGCCAAGAUGAAUAUCCCUUGCAAACCAGUGCAUACGAACAUAGCAAUUUUUCUAACAUUGGUCAAACUCAUCUUGUUGUGAAACUAAAAAUAGCAGUAAAGGAAGAACAAGAAAAUCUGGAAAUUAUUUUUCACAGGAUAUAUUUUUACCGCAUUGAUAUCCCAUCCAUGGAUAAAGUUGAAAUACUUUACCCAAAUAGGAACUGACAAAUCUGCUUCUCUCAUUUUGAGGGAUCCAUUUGGCAGUCAUGUUGUGCAUAGAAGGCCAUACAACACCCUAGACAAAUAUCUUUAG